UCGAAUAUCUCAGCAACAAGGCACAUUAACGUGAACAAUUACGGUUCCAACUGAAGUGUAAAAGGCAGUGAAACAUCACACGAGGAAGGCAGACAACGGUUAUCGUCGUAGUUAUCCCGGAACCACAUAGGAAAAGUAUUAGAAGCCCGACAUCGGAUCGCGCUCAAGCCAUGGGUAGUGCGAUGAAAGGUCUGAUCGCGUAUGACUGUGCGCAUGACAACAUCAAUAUCACAAGUUACUCACUCAUAAAUGUAGCCUCUUGCGAAACCCCGACAAAGAACAUAACCAUUAACGAGUCGCGAAUUCAAGUAUUGCAACAAGAAAUUCGUUCAUGUUCACCAAUGCAAGGUAGCAAUCAAACGCUCGAUAAAACAUUGUGGCGCGUGGUCCCACACCUCUGAGUACGAAAACGGUUACGCGUAUAUUGUAAAGGAAUUCACUCCAGAAGAAUGUAAAACCGCUCAAACGUCAGGCGAAAUUUCACUCUCCAUGAAUUAUAUGGUUAGGGAAUUAAGCCGCAAUGAUACCACCAGGGGAAUGGCGCUUGUCACCGGCAGCAUCAAGGGUUCAGCCUGCGUCGGAGGGCUCUACGCGACUUCAUCCCAAGCCUGGGAAAACGCGCUUGUCUUCUACGAAUACGAGAUCAGCAUGUACGACUACUUCACAACAACGAACAUCGAGAGCGAUCAAAUCACCUUACGAAAUGGCUCAUAUAGCGUUGGAUGGUGCUUGGAUGCAGAAUUCGGUUACUUCACGUGGGAGAAAAAUCACCAAAUACCGUGCGAAGGAACCGACUUUGAAAUCAUCUACGAAGGUACGGUCAACAAGACAUUUGACAGCAACGACGUCAGAGGUUCAAUGACCGCGGUGUACACUCUUAUAACACCAGAACACAUGUUCUCCAUAAGAGCACGCGACACAAGACAAAUCUGCGGUUUCGACAGCUACGUCACAGACCACCCACGCAUCUUCAUACUCGAGCUGAACGGUUAUCAAUCGCCGUUCAAGCGUAAGGCGGAGAACGGGAGGAACUUGGAUUUAUUCACCUAUUUUAACUCCAAGAUUACGCUCGUGGAAAGUUACCUAGGGCAACAGCUAAACGACGUCUACACAACGGUGAUGACCGAAAUGUGCUAG